CCAACAGAUUUAGCCCACAGUGUUCCAUAUAUAUAUAUAAUAUUUGCACUCGCUUCCAUUUCCGAUAUCCAAACCGAUCCGAUCCGAUCCGAUCCGAUUUGAGCCGAUCUGAUGAAGAGAGUGAGAUUUGAAUCUGAAAUUGACUCAUUACUGAUGGCUGAUUGCUUGAUUUCCUUGUCCAAAUCCAAAACGGAGUCGUUUCGCCGCCGAGUUUUUGUCUGCAAGACUUGUAAUCGGGAGUUUUCCUCGUUUCAAGCUCUCGGCGGCCACAGAGCUUCUCACCGGAAGCCGAAAUUUCCAAGCGAUACUUCACAGAAUAACGCGAUUAAGUCCAAGCCUCAUGAGUGUUCCAUUUGUGGACUUGAAUUUCCGGUCGGUCAGGCGCUCGGCGGCCAUAUGCGCCGACAUCGGAAUUCUUCUCCUGUCCCUGUUAGUUUGACGCCGCCGCAACCUGUCUCCGAUGACUCCGAUUGCGACAGUGGUAAUGGAGUCGUCGGAAUGGAUUUGAAUUUGACGCCGUUGGAGAAUGAUCUCGUCCGGUUGCAGUUGAUGGCCCCGCCGGUCGGUUGCUUGACGUAAUUCCUCUGUUUCUUGCAGAUAGAUAGACUACAUUUUUUUUAUUGCCACGUGGCCUUGUAUUUAUGCCACGUGUCUCAUUCAUUUAUUACAGCGUGUCCUACUUUUUAUUUUCUUUAAAAUUUUAUUUGUUUCU